UCUUUGACCUUCACUGAUCAUUAUCUGUAAGCUCAAAUUUGGUCUGGCAGCUGGAUUAGUUUCAUUCCAUGCAAUUGAGUUCCCCGUUAUAUGAAUUCCCUGCUCUCUAUCGGACGCAGUAUCAUCACAUUUGCACCUCGAAUAGUAUCAGCUCGUCAGACUAUCGUCACAGUUCGCACGAUGGCCACCGUGUCUACCAUCCAUAUGCCUCGUGAUCCAAACACCUUGUCGAAUUACAACAAUUGGAGAACCAAGCAUACGAUCGCCGAUUUAGCUAUUGAUUUCAAGAAACAACGUGUUCAUGGCACAGUCACACUGCAGCUUGAAUCUAUUACGGACAAGGAAUCUGAAGAGAUCAUCCUUGAUACUAGCUUCGUUGAUGUGCAAAAUAUCGCUGUUGACGGAAGUAAGACCGAAGAAUGGACUCUCAAGGAACGCACUGAACCAUACGGCAGCCCUCUUUAUGUGAAGAUUCCAGGUGGAGCAGCAAAGGGUACCAUUAUUGCACUCGACAUCACGAUUUCCACUACCGACAAAUGCACAGCUCUUCAAUGGCUUACUCCCGCUCAGACCUCGAACAAAAAGUUCCCAUACAUGUUCUCUCAAUGCCAAGCCAUUCAUAACCGCUCUAUCUUCCCGUGUCAGGACACUCCUGAUGUGAAGAGCACAUAUGAUUUCCGAAUUCGUUCUCCUCUUCCCGUCCUCGCAAGUGGCUUGCCUCGUGGUGCAGCCUCGUUCGUCCAUGGUGAAGAUGGAGAAUCUGGUACUCUUCUCUACUCCUUUUACCAGGAGAUUCCUAUGCCAUCUUACCUCUUUGCUCUCUCAUCAGGUGAUAUAGCUACUGCAUCUAUCGGACCACGUUCUCUCGUUUCUACUGGUCCAGAGGAGCUCUUAGGGGCCAAGUGGGAACUCGAGAGAGAUACCGAAAAGUUCAUUGAGACUAUCGAGAAAAUUGUCUAUCCUUAUGAAUGGACCCAAUACAAUGUUCUGGUCUUACCGCCAAGUUUUCCUUAUGGUGGUAUGGAGAAUCCAGUGUUUACUUUUGCUACACCCACUAUCAUUAGUGGAGAUCGAGAGAAUGUUGAUGUGAUUGCUCAUGAAUUGGCUCAUAGCUGGAGUGGCAACUUAGUAUCUAAUGCUAGUUGGGAACAUUUGUAGGUCUUGAGUAUUUCGAAUACCCUUCUCAAUCGAUGCAAACCUUUGCAAGAAUAAGUGUUGUUCGUAAAUGUAGUUGACUAACUUCUUUACAGCUGGUUAAAUGAAGGAUGGACAGUCUACCUAGAGAGACGAAUUAUCGCCGCUAUUCAUGGAGAAGCAUAUAGAGACUUUUCCUCGAUUAUUGGAUGGAAAGCUCUUGGUAAGUCCUCGCACUUGUACGCAGAUUUCUGAAGCUAAGAUGCGUACACAGAGGAUUCCGUGAAGCUAUUCGGCGAAGAUCAUGAAUUCACCAAAUUAGUUGUUGACCUCAAGGGUAAAGAUCCAGAUGAUGCUUUCAGCAGUGUCCCUUACGAGAAGGUGGGUGCAAGCGAUGAUCAAACUUCAAAAUAAAUCUAAUAUAACCAGGGUUUUCACUUCCUCUACUAUCUCGAGAGACUUGUUGGUAAAUCAACCUGGGAUAAAUUCAUCCCACAUUAUUUCACAACAUGGAAGAGAAAGUCUCUUGACUCUUAUGAAUUCAAGGCUACACUUCUUGAUUUCUUCGCCUCUGAUGAAGCUGCUUCUAAAGCUCUUGAGUCAGUUGACUGGGACUCAUGGUUUUACAAGCCAGGUCUUCCGCCAAAGCCAGAAUUUGACACAAGCUUGGUUGACAAAUGUUAUGCUCUAGCCAAGAAGUGGGAAUCAAAGGUAAUUCAUUAGCUACAUCAACUUUCUCACACAGGAAACUAAUUCAUCCUAGGACUUCGUACCCUCCCCAUCGGAUAUCGAAGGUUGGUCCGCGAACCAAGUGGUCGUCUUCCUCCAACAAGUCCAACUCUUCACCACUCCCCUUACCCCAUCCCAAAGUCAAGCAAUGGGUAAGGCCUAUUCUCUCGUCAACACUCAAAAUGUCGAACUUAGCUCCCGCUAUUUCGGCGUCGGUUUGGCUGCAAAAGAUGAAUCCGUAUAUCUCCCUACUGCUGAGUUGUUGGGUAAGGUCGGUAGAAUGAAGUUCGUGAGAACACUAUACAGAAAAUUGCUGGUGGUGGAUAGAAAAUUGGCCGAGGAAACUUUUGAGAAGAACAAAGAUUUCUACCAUCCAAUUUGUAGAGAGCAAGUGGAGAAGGAUUUGAAGGAGUAAAGCAGGAAAAAGUUGAUAUGUGAGGAAUGUGCAAAAGCGUGUGUAAAAGCGGAUAUCCCAUGCUGCGAUUUUGUUCAUGAUUACGCAAAUUUUCAAUGUAUGCAUUUAUAGCUUGCGCUUGCUUUUACUU